UAACUUUUACACACUUGUAUGGGAUUUUCAGUUCAACUAUGAUUACACAAUAGUGUGUUACCAUACUUGAGCUGAUAAAUUCCAUACAAAUGUGUAAAAAUUAACUGAACAAUGUGUAAUGUUGAUUCUCAGUGUAACGAGCGCACCCAGAAUUUUGACAGCUGCUUACGGAAGUGGUGUUUUUUUUCAAGUUGCGCGUCGCGAGCCAUUUUAGCAGGUAACAAAAUGAAAACAGCAGUAAAAAUUACGUGUGUCGAGCGAGCUAAACAGUACCCAAAAGGAACACUACAUGCGGACGAAGGCCAAUUAUUUUGUACGUCUUGCAACGUAACAUUGGACCAUACCAGAAAGGCCACCAUCGACAAACACCUAAAAUCGCAAAUCCACAUCGGAAAGGUCCAAAAGCAGCCAAAGGAUGUAACGCAUUCCGUGCAAAAACAAACAACGGUGGUGAGCGCAUUCCACAAAGCCACAGCAUCUCGUGAUGCGCGAAACGUUUCGCAAUUUGAACUCGUGGAAGCUUUCGCAUCUGCAAACAUUCCGCUGUACAAGCUUGAUCAUCCGAAGCUCCGAGACUACCUGUCAAGGAAUGUCAAAAACCUUGGAGUGCUUCCACAGUCCACGACCCUCCGAUCCCAAGUACUGCCUAAGGUUUUCGAUGUCGCACAGCAGGAACUGCGAGAACGUGUUGCAGCAGCUUCUUCGAUCGUGAUUGCCUCUGAUGAAGCCUCGGACCAGCAGGAUAGGUUUAUCUUGCACAUUGUUUUUAUCCUGCCCGUCACUUCCGGACAACAAGACAAGAUGGAGGCAGUCACUGCGAAUCUGGUUUUUCUGGAUAAGGUGAACGCUACAACCGUUUCGAGAGCUAUCAUUCAGACGUUGACCAAGUUUGACGUCGAUUUUGACAAGGUUGUCGUCGUGCUGACGGACAACGCAACUUACAUGACCAAGGCCGUGACCAGCUUGAAAGUGCUCCUGCCAAAUUGCAUUCACCUCACAUGCAACGGUCACAUUCUGAGUCUGGUGGGUGAAACAUUUCGUCGGAACUUCCCUGCUGUGGAUAGAAUGAUUGCUUGCUUUAAGUCUAUCUUUGUGCACUGCUCUUCGCGCAAGCUUCGAUACAGGGAAUUCAUUGGCCGAGAGUGCGGCUCUGAAGUGCCCUUGCCUCCAGUGCCAGUCGUGACUCGUUGGAACAGCUGGUUCAGAGCUGUCGCGCACCAUGCGAAAUACGUCGAGCAUUUUAAGAAGUUCAUUGAAGCCGAGCUACUUGUUUCCGCCCCAACCAGUGCUCUUCUAGAACUGAACGAUCUGUUUAAAACGGAUUCGGUUCGGGUCGAUGUCGUCUUUAUCAUGAUGAACUCGGCCAAAUUGAUGGACCUGCUGACCUGGUUCGAGAACCGUCAAGUAACAAUCCAUUUGGCUUACAACAAGGUGGUUGACCUGAUGGCCGAGUUCGGUUCCAAGGGAGAGAAGGAGAAAAACAAGAUCUACAAGAAGGCGUUUCAAGAUGCAGCUGCCAAGCUGAACCAAUACUACACCGAAACAUCAGCUAGAUUCACGCAGCCAGGCCUCAGCUUCAUGAAAGCUGUCAGAGGAUUCGAUCCGGCUCAAGCAAAAAUCCUUUCUUUGGACGGGCUGAGCGACGGUAUUCCGGAAUGCGCUGAAAAGUUGCCGGAAAUUGAAGGAGAGCUAGCAGCGUACAAACAGUGCGCUCUCGAGAUCGAAGAUGGAGUCAAACCAGCUGCCUUCUGGUUCAGCCAGAAAGACCGUUUUCCUAAUCUGUCCCGAAUUGCUAUCCGGUAUUUAUCUGUCCCAGGAAAUUCGGUAGAUGCGGAGCGAAGCGUCAGUGCAUUCAACACGGUAGACACGGUAAACCGGCAGAGCUUUGAAGAAAACAAUUUGGCAUCACACGCUAUUCUUGUUACAAACUCGAAGAUCUAAGCGUAAGCAGCCAGAAAAAGCAAGCAAAUAAAAUGAAUUGUUAAAACUAAGAGUUGUUUGCCGUAUUUAGUUAUUUUAGUAUUGAAAAAAACACUUAAUUGCAUUUUCUUUCCUUAGUUUUGAAAAGCCGUGAAAUCGCCGCGAAAUUUGGAUGUUUUCUGAAAUGUACACCGCGUAAUUUCUUUUUUUUUGCCGUGAAAAAUCACUAGCCCUAACUGUAACUGACUCAACUAUCGCUAUUCAUGGUUAUAACUUAAUUCGUCAAAACCGUAAUAGACAUGGUGGGGGCGUUUGUGUUUAUCUAAGGCAAAAUAUAAGAUGUAAAAUUCUUAAGAAAUCUCUUAGUGGUGUUUCCACAAAUGGACGGUUUGAAUCCGAUUUUCUGAUACUAGAAUUGCACUGUAAUGGAAAUCGUAUAUUGUUGGCUAUUUACUACAACCUUCCUCCAAACGAUUGUUCCUACUUGUUACGGACACAUAUCGAAGAAUUUUGUUUGAAAUAUGAUCAUUCUUUUUUUUAUUGGUGAUUUUAAUACCGACUUAAGAAAACAAUCUAGGAAAUCUAUUGAAUUUAUGGAUACAAUUUCAAGUAUGUAUUUUACUUGCAUUAAUUCCGAGCCAACUUUUUUCUAUAAUAAUGGUUGCUCGCUUUUAGAUUUAUUUUUAACUAAUUCACCUGAUCUAGUAUUGAGAUGUAAUCAAGUUUCUAUGCCUGGAAUAUCUUCUCAUGAUUUAUUAUUUGCUACUUUAAACCUCGAGAAGUGCACUGACCCAAACGGUUAUUGGUAUCGUGAUUACAUUCACUAUGAUAAUC